UCAAACAGGAAGAUUCGAGAAAUCCGAGUAUUCGAAUCCGUAAUUUCAGAGAUCGUCUUCUUCUUGUAGUGUCGUAGACUUCAGAGAUAUGAAGGCAAUAAUGUUAUUUUUCUUUUCUUUGUACUUAUUGAUGGGCAAAAUGGAAUGCAGAUGGCAAUUCCAGACGUCUCAAAUCAUACCACCUUCUGCUGCUACGUCUUCUGAAAACGGUUUCGCCAGAUGUCAGUGUGGGAGCAAUAAGAUAUUGGUUAACAAAACUUUGGAUACGAGCACAGCUAAGCAUAUUUUUAAGAAAUUAAGAUUAAAAGGAAAUGGCAGUGCAAAUAUUACCAGCUAUCCAAACGAAGUGGACAGUUUCUUGGAAAACUGUGAGGCUUGUGAAAUCAGUUUUAUUGAGUGUAGGGGAAAUCCUUUAAACAAGAGUGAUUAUUUCUGUAUUAAAAAUGUUGCUAGUUUUGACAAUGCAGAGAACGGUGAAGUCAAUCAUGUUAAUCGCAGAUUUAGGAGAAUUUCUGAUGAUGGAGGCAUUCAUAUUAUAAUCCCUAUGCGUAACAAGAAACCUACUCGCGUUCGACGUCAUGCGCCAGCUUGUCCUUUCCCAUCAGCGAUGGAGACUGCGGAACUGCAAUGUGUUCUUUACCCCAGUUCGAUUAAAUGCAUACAGAAAUGUGGUUUUGGUUACACUCUGAAAGCUGGUCCUCAAGUAGCAAUGAAAUGUGAUUACAAAGAAGAUAAAUGGAAGCCAUUUGGAUUUAAGGAGUGCGAGGCAUACAUAGAUUGUUCGCUGACUUUAACAUCCGGUGGUUUUGUAAAAUGCACUUCAGCAUCAUUAAAGGCAGGGCCCUCAUGUACCAUUGAAUGCGACCACUAUGAAGACAAACCAGCAGUUCGAAAAAAGGCAUAUUCCUGCACUAAAACGGGAGAGUGGGAACCAAGUUUACCGUUUUGUGUUAUAUCUGGUUCAGGUUUAGAACUUGUACCAGCACCAUAAUAAGUAUGCUCUGGAACUUUAUACAACUUUCUGACAGAAGGAACAUCGGAUUGAUUUACAAAAAAAUUUAUAAUUCUUUAACAUUUGUAGAUUCUUUUUGCUUUUUAUGUAUCAUACAAUUAUCUUUCCAAUUCUUCACUGCAAUUUAAACUGGUAUGAAUAAACGGAAAUUAAAAACAUGCA